GUGUUGCGCGGAAGAGCAGCGUUCAAUGGCGCAGCUUGCUUGUCGUGCACGGAAUAAAUUUUUUUAAUUCCAUGGAUCAUAACCCUUCAAUUCUCAGUAUAAAUCACCUACAAGGCACAAGGAUUGAAUACGAUCAAGCCACAACUCGAUUUAGCCAGAUUCAAUAUUAAGUUUUCCAUAAUCUUUUGUUGUUGUUGGUUUUAACCAAAGGACGAAUGGCGGUGGAGGAGAUUGUGAUCGUAGGAGGCGGGAUCGCCGGAGUGGCGACAGCGCUUGCUCUUCGCCGGGUCGGAAAGAAAAGCUUAGUUCUCGAGCGGUGGCGCGAGCUUCGGGAGACCGGCUCUGCUCUUACGCUUUCCCACAACGCAUGGUGUGCCCUCGACGCUCUCGGCGUAGGCCACAAGCUCAAGCCCCACUACCGUUUGCUUCGAACUGGGACUGUAACUAACCUUGCGACCGGAGCUACACAGACCCAGUCUUUUCCCAACGAGGACGAUGACGGCAGGGAGGAGAUGGGAUCAAGAUCAGUUCACAGAACCGCGUUGUUGGAAGCAAUGGCAGAGGAACUGCCUCCUGAUUCCAUUCGGUUCUGCUCGAAGCUCGUCUCAAUCAGAACUGAAGCGCUUCCAGAUUCAUCAACUAUCAUGGUUCUGCAUUUGGACGAUGGAGCCAUCAUAAAAGCUAAGGCGGUGAUCGGCUGUGACGGCGUGCACUCGGUGGUGGCGCAGUGGCUUGGCCUCGCCAGCCCGAGGGAUUCCGGCCGGUCGGCGGUUCGUGGCCUGGCCGUAUACCCAGAAGGACAUAACUUCAGACCAGGACUCCAGCAGUUUCUUCUCAAUGAGGUGAGGGCAGGGUUCGUUCCCAUCAAUGAUAAGGAUGUCUACUGGUUUGUUACCCAUCCCACCACACCUAAAGUGAGCGAGAUGGGCAGAGAUCCAGAAUUAAUCCGUCGCGCAACAUUAGAACAUCUAAUCGUCGACUUACCAGCGGAAUUCAAAGUAUUCGCGCAGCAAUCCGAGCCAUCAAGCCUAUCCUGGAACCAGUUCCUGUAUCGCCUGCCGUGGGACGUGCUCUUCGGCCAACUGCAGCGCGGGUGCGUGACAGUCGCAGGCGAUGCCUUUCAUCCGACGACGCCCGAUCUUGGACAAGGCGCCUGCGUCGCACUCGAGGAUACGGUCGUGCUCGCGAGGUGCUUAGCCCACGCGAAUUCACCCAAGGAUAUGGAACAAGGGAUGGCACGGUACGCGGCCGAGCGGCGGUGGCGAGCCACCUGGCUCAUAAUAGCUUCUUAUAUUUCUGGGUUCGUGCAGCAGGGUUCCGACGGGCGGUGGACAAGUGCCGCCGUUAAAUUGUUCAGGGAUUUGUUCUUCUACAGGUUUGUAUUUCCAUGGAUUAUACGGAUUGCGCGAUAUGACUGUGGAAAACUGCCUGAGGUUUGAUUAGCUUCGUAAGGUGAAUUAGUGAUUUUAGCUAUUGGAUGUGCCUGGAUUUGACUUGUUUGUCCGUAUGUAUACCUGGAGUUGACUUGUAUCUGUAGUUUUUUGCAAUAAAUUUUAGAGUUUUUUGAUGA